AUGGGCUGUUUCUAACCUAAAGGUUUAAAUAAAAUCGUUGCUAUGCAAACAACAAACAAAGAUUACAUCUUUACGUCAACUGCUGACAUCUAUAAAAUAUUUUCUUUUGGUAAAGUGUUAGGAAUAGGUGCUUUUGGUAAAGUUCUGACAGCAAGAAGGCGAAAUAACGCAUAAAAAUAGUAUGCAAUAAAAAUGAUUGACAAAAGAAAAGUGAAAGGAAGGGAAACUAUGCUUGCAAAUGAAAUAUAUGUAUUAUAGAGAUUAGAUCAUCCAAAUAUUAUCAAAUUUCAUGAAGUAUAUCAAAGCGAGCUAUAUUUCUAUAUAUGUAUGGAUAAAUGUACUGGAGGAGAACUUAUGGAAGGUGUACCAAAAAAUUAAAAAUCAUAUACUGAGAGUUAAGCAAGAGAUAUUAUAGUUAAAGUAAUUAAUUAAGGUAUUGGUAGAUCAUAUCGGCAGUUGCAUACAUACAUGAAUAAGGAAUGAUGCAUAGAGACAUAAAGCCAGAAAAUAUUAUGUUUACAGAUCGUGACAUCAGAUCUGAACCUAAACUUAUAGAUUUUGGGUUAUCAGUAAAGUAUGAUUCUUUUAGCUACAAGUAAGAAAUCAUUAAGUAAUAUAUAGUAAACUUAAAGCUGGAGUUGGCACACCUGUCUAUUUAGCACCAGAAGUAAUUGAAGGUACAUAUAAUGAAAAAUGUGAUGUCUGGAGUUUAGGAGUAUUAUUAUUUAAUAUGCUUAUUGGAUAUCCUCCUUUUUAUGGUAGAAAUAGAUAGGAACUUUAUGAAAAUAUAUAAUAUCAAAAUGUAUACAAUUUAAUUAUACUUUAGUUGAUAUUUGAUAGAAGACAUUGGAGAAAUUCAAGCGAUGAAAUCAAAGAUCUUUUAAAAAGAAUGCUUAACAAAAAUCCACAUUUAAGAUAUUCAGCUAAAGAAUGCCUUAAACAUCCAUGGUUCUAACUUGUAUUUAAAGAUGGAAUUUAUAAACUUCCAAGAAGAAGUACCGGAUUUUCAGGAACUUAAUCUGAAGAUGAUUAAAGAACAUUAUACUAAAUGCUUAAGACAUAUAGAAUAGGUGCUAAGUUUAAAAGAGAAGUUAUGAAAGUCUUAAUUAAUCAGAUGAAUGAAAAGGAUUUAGCAAGAUUACAACAAAUAUUUAAGAAUAUUGACGUUGAUAAUUCUGGUACAAUUACUGUUUAAGAGUUGCAUCAUGCAUUAUAAUAAGAAGUAUUAAUUAAUAAUAUUGUAAGGGUUCCUUAACAACAUUAGAAGAAAUAGAAGAAAUCAUGGAAAAUAUAGGAUAUGACAUUAAUGAGUUAGAAGAUUAAACAAUAACAUUGUCUAAUAAAUCAACAACUAAACCUUUAGUAAUUAAAUAUAGUGAUUUCUUAACUGCUUGUAUUGAUGAGAGACGUGUUUUUACAAGAGAAAAAUUAUGGUCAAUUUUCAAAUAUUUUGAUACUUAAAAUGUUAAUCAUUUAUCAAGAGAAGCAAUUAGAGAAUCUUUUGCAAGACAUGGACGAUCAAUUCCAAUUGAAAAAAUUAAUUAAAUGAUUGCUGAAAUUGAUCCAAAUAAUGAAAAUAAAAUUGGAUUUGAUGCUUUUUGUUAAAUGAUGGGAGUUGCUGGAAUCUAAUAAACUCUUGAAUUUAAAGAUGAAACUAAAGAUCCCUAAUCUAAUGCUCCUUCUAUUAUUGUAUGACAUCCAUUCUUAUGACAUAUA